AUGGGCACUCAAAAAGUGAUCUUGGCGGUGAUUUUGAGGAACCCAUCAAACGACGACGAGAUUGUCUUCAUCAAGCAAAGCCCACCUCACAAAUUCAACGAUCCUGAGUAUGAUUCUUAUCAAGAUUCUCAACUUUGGGACUUGCCCUCUGCAGAAUUAUCACGUAUUGAUAACCCACUGAGUAGUUGUCGAGUUCAGAUCGAAGCUGAGGGAAAUUCUUUGCCAGAUUUUUUGAGGCAAUUUGAUCUGGGUUCAGCUGUUGACAAGGUUCUUGAACAAGUUGUAAGUGAGAAACCCAUUAAUAUAAAGUGGAGUUUCUCAAAGGUUGUAGAGGAACCUGAAUUUGGACCCGGUGAUCCUGUGAAGACUGUGUAUAUUGUUGGGAAACUAGAGUGUCAUGAUGGGAAUUUAGAAGAUUGUUGUAAGUGGAUGAGCAUGAAAGGAUGUUCAUAUUUGCUUACGGAAGUGAACUCCAGGAAUGAUCGCAUAGGGCCAUUAGUUGCUCUUGGUAUUCUUAAUGAUUCAAUGCAAUGCGCAAAUUUGCAACUCCCUCCCACCUUGAGAUCUCAGGAAUAUCCUCCUGGUGUUAAAAUUAUUCCAAUGAGAAGCAGAACAACAAAGCCUUUUCACACAACAAACUUGGUCGUUUUUUCUCCUGGGACUACUUAUGAUGCCUCAUGUGGUGAUAAUUUUGUUGCAAGUGCAGAUGCACUCAUUAUAGAUCCUGGAUGCAGCUCUAGCAUGCACAAAGAGCUUGAAGAAAUUAUUAAGAGGCUUCCGCUAAAGUUGGUCGUCUUUGUGACUCAUCAUCAUCAUGAUCACGUUGAUGGUCUCUCUAUUGUCCAGAAGUGCAAUCCUGAUGCUACUCUCGUGGCUCAUGAAAACACUUGUAGCCGGAUUAGUAAAGAUGAUUGGUCUCUCGGAUAUAUCGCAGUUCUUGGAUCUGAGGAAAUCUGUGUUGGUGGCCAACGGUUGAGACUCAUUUCUGCCCCAGGGCAUACAGAUGGCCACCUGGCAUUGCUUCAUGUCACCACCAACUCAUUGAUAGUUGGGGAUCAUUGUGUAGGACAAGGUAGUGCGCUCUUGGAUAUCACGUCCGGUGGAAAUAUGAGUGAUUAUUUUCGCACAACGUACAAGUUCAUAGAGCUGUCCCCACAUGUACUAAUUCCUAUGCACGGUAGAGUUAACUUGUGGCCAAAGCACAUGCUUUGUGGAUAUCUUAAAAACCGGAGAAGUAGAGAAUCUACCAUCUCUAAAGCCAUUGAAAAUGGAGCAAAAACAUUGUUUGAUAUUGUUUCAUAUACAUAUGCGGAUGUUGACCGCAGUCUAUGGAUUCCUGCUGCAUCUAAUGUAAGACUUCAUGUUGAUCACCUUGCAGAGCAAAACAAAUUACCCAAGGAUUUCUCUCUAGAAUUUUUCAAGGGCAGUUUAGCUGAAUUUGCCCAAAGUGUGGGCUGA